UUUUUCUUUUGUUUGUUUGGUUGGUAUUGAAUUAAAGUUGAGACUUUGUGAUAGUUUAGUUCUUGUUUUUUGGGAAUUCUCACAUGAUAAAGUUGACUGAUUUCUACUGUAAUUUAGUUCAUUAAGCUGAUGAUCAUUGGUUUUUGAUGUGUGAUUAUGCAUUUUUUUUCCUUGGCUUUGAUGUUUUGUUUACAUAAGAUAUUGUGUUCCUGUAAAGAUAGGAUCUUUCUACCUUUACGGUACGGGUAAGGUCCGCGUAGACCGCACUAAAGUGGUUAUGCUGUUGUUGUUGAAAAGAUUGAAUCUUUGUUCAUAUUGUUCCUUUCUUGUUAUUUCAAGAGCUUGAUCAUUACAAAUGCUUACACCCCAAACUUGUAAUCGAUUCGUCCCCUAAUAGUGUGUUGUAUUUGUUCUUAUUACGUUGAUAUUGGGCCAUCGAAUUGCACGAUAUUAAUUCGACUUUUAAUGGUGUGAUGGACCCCUUUGUGCUUGAAAUCUCUAUGUACUCUAUCUGAUACUUCUUUUCUUGGUGUAUACUGUAGUUGAGGAUAUGGGUAAUUUUUUUCUUUUGUUUGGUUAGUAUAGAAAUUAAAGUUGAGACCUUGUGAUAGUUUAGUUCUUUUUUUGGGAAUUCUCAGAUGAUGAAGUUGACUGGCUUGUACUGUAAUUUAGUUCGUUAAGGUGAUGAUCGUUGGUUUUUGAUGUGUGAUUAUUUGUUGGCUUUGAUGUUUUGUUUUACAUAACAUUUUGUGUUCUUGAAAGGAUGGAAUCUUUCUACCUCUAAGGUAGGGGUAACGUUUCCAUACAGUCUACCCUCUCCAGACUCCACUUUACGGGACUACAGUAAUUAUUUUUUUGUUGUUAAAAGAUUGAAUCUUUGUUCAUAUUGUCCCUUUGUUGUAAUUGUAAGAGCUUGAUCAUUACAAAUGAUUUGCUGUCCGUUUUGCUUCUUAAUUUUGUACGACCUAGUUCUUUUUUUUCCUACUCAAAACCCAACUUGUAAUCUAAUCAUCCCUUAAUAGUGUGUAGUAUUUGUUCUUAUUAGUUUGAUAUUGGGCCAUCGACUUGCAUGAUAUUAAUUCAAUUUUUAGUAGUGUGGUGUACCCCUUUUGUGCUUGAAAUCUCUCUGUACUCUAUCUGCUAAAGGUGUUAUAGAUUGGUUACUUGUUUAGUGGUUUAUAAUGGAUCAGUCUGAGAAGUUUACAGCUUUCUAUUGUACUUAGAUACCAUAAUAGUCGAUAUUGAUUUGUCUUGUGUUUCUAAGAAAUUUCCCUCAAGGAUUUUAAGAUGAUACCAUAACUUUAAAAAUUGUCUGUAACUUUUGCCUUUUGAAGAUUUUCGAGGAAGCUGAAUUAAGCUGCGUUGGGAUUGCUAGUGAUGUGCUUGGCUGCCUAAAUUAAUGUCUCCCGAAUUAUGUGGCAAAAUGCUUAAUCAUGAUGUUUAUGCAGAGUAUUGCUUUUGGCAGGUGACACUGCUAUUUUGGUUAAAGACAGUGCCUAGUCUUUAAAUGACCAUGAAGUGUUAUCAGGAUGUAGUUUCCUUAUUGAUUCAUAGACUUGCAUGAUAUUAAUUCAAUUUUUAGUAGUGUGGUGUACCCCUUUUGUGCUUGAAAUCUCUCUGUACUCUAUCUGCUAAUGGUGUUAUAGAUUGGUUACUUGUUUAGUGGUUUCUAAUUGAUAAGUCUGAGAAGUUUACAGCUUUCUAUUUAGAUAUCAAGGUAGUCGAUAUUGAUUUGUCUUGUGUUGCUAAGAAAUUACCCUUAAGGAUUUUAAGAUAAUACCAUAACUUUUAAAAUUGUCUGUAACUUUUGCCUUUUGUAGAUUUCCGAGGAAGCUGAAUUAAGCUGCAUUGGGGUUUCUCAGUGAUGUGUUUGGCUGCCUAGAUUUAUGUCUCCCGAGUUAUGUGUCAAAAUGCUUAAUCAUGAUGUUUAUGCAGAUUAUUGCUUUUGGCAGGUGACACUGCUAUUUUGGAUAAAAUCAUUGCCUAGUCUUUAAAUGAUCGUGAAGUGUUAUCAGGAUAUAGUUUCCUGAUUGAUUCAUAGAUUGCACCAAUGGAGAAAUCCAGAAGCAAAAGUUGGGUUGGGAGCAUUUACCACAAGUUUGAGGUUGUGUGUCAGGAGGUCGAUGAAUUUGUAACUAAGGACACAGUUAAGUAUGUCGAGAAUCAGGUGCAAACUGUUGGUGCAAACAUGAAAAAGUUUUACUCUGGUGUGGUGCCAGAUUUUUUUAUCCCAGUGGACAGUCAUGUAAAAAAAGAAGCACAGGCUGUCAAUGAGAAGCCAAAGCACGCCGGUGACACUCAUACUAGUUCAGUGGCCAACACUACGCACAACCCUAUCCAAGAGAAAUCAUGUCAGAAUCAGAAUUCCCUUGAAAGUCAUGCUGCUUCAACUUCAACUGAACUUGAUGGUGUAGCUUCUGAAGAAGCAGAAAUUGAUCUUUCUGUAGGAGAUGAGUGUGCCACUGCGAUUUGUAAGAACUCAUGUAAUGUUUUUAAAGAGAAUAUGACAAGGGAGGAAGCACUGGUAGUUGACAAACCAAGUACUUCGGAAGACAGAGUUUCAUCUGAAUCCUGUUCUGACAAAGAUUCGAAAGAUACCAUGUGCUAUAGCUUUUCAGAUGAUGGUAAGUGUUUUUUUGAUGUAUCAAGCUCUCAGAUUAUACAACAAGAUGAUAUGGUCGGGGAGGAACAACCACUGGCUAAGGGAUCAAGUUCAUUUUUGGAUAAUUUGUCUACAUCACAACUCACGGCCUAUAUUAAUGAAAAUAUGUUUGAUACUUCUCCUGAUGCUAUCAACUGUAUUUCUAAUGUAUCAAGUAGUCAAAUGGUUUUGCAACGGAAUAUCUCUAGGGAGGUGGAACCUGUCACUGAUCAAUCAAUUUCCUUUGGAGAUAUGGCUCUAUCAAAGUCAUUAUCAUUUUCAAUGGAGGAAAGUGAAGGAAAUCCCACCAUGACUAAGUUACAACGUCCAACUUCAGUUUAUGAUACAGAACUUAGGACCUUCCCAGAGGAUGAGAGCAUUUCCAAUGCUUCAAUAACUCUGACGAACUUGCAAGACAAUAUCAUCAGUGAGGAUCGACUUGCAUCCAAGGAAUCAAGUUCUGUCGAAGAUAACAGUUUGCCACUAACCCCAGCAUUUGCAUCUGUUAUACCUCCUUCACGAAAUGAUGCAGGAUUUGGGGCGUCCAUUGCCGCGAGUAAGAGUUUUUUGGGUGAUGUUACUUUUGUAUCUGAAGAGUCUAGUACAACCUUGGCAUUAGAAGAUGCUCCAAGCGCACUUCAGUCAUCUGAACUUGUACUUACUCGUGUUAUGGAGAACAAAAGUAUGGACGUUGACACUGGAAUAUCAAACUGUUCUCUGUUAAAAGAAUCUUCAAGCCUGUCUACUUCCUCAAUUGGAAACUGUAUGCAGGAAGCCGAGUCUGAUUUAAGUAUCUUCACUGGCCACUCAUCUGCCUUGCCUACUUCCUUAGUGAGUGCAAACAAUGUUGUUUCUGCCAAUCCAGUUCCCUCAAGUACUCCGUUGACAGAUUUCAGUGAAGUAAAUGCCUCUAGUUCUCACGAGUUGGUUGGAAAUGGUAGGUCAGUUCAAAAUGACCUCGAGUGUUGUCCAAGCCCUCAGCUGAUAUAUCCUGCAGAAAUAGGAUGUAUGAAUGAUAGCUCCAUUGAUCUUCCGGGCAUGGAAACAAUUGAUCUAACUGAUAAGGAAUUGCCCAAGGAAAGUUGUGCCUUCAUUGACUAUAAAUUACACCAUCUCGUUUCUUCUAGGCCAAGAAAAUAUAAGUCGUACAAGGAAUUGAUACAGGAGGCAUUUGCUCCUCGAAAGAGAAGAAUAAAGGAAUACGAGCAAUUGGCUGUUUUGUAUGCAGACGUGGAUGCUGAAACGAGCCAGCACGUUGAGCUCUCUCAAUUACCUUCUCUUCCUUCACCAUGUUUACACUCAACGGAAUCGUCCACAUGCAACAUCUGUGAACCUGAGUGGGAGCUCCUGUAAAUGAGCCUUUUUUCCUGUGAAAACAACCCCAUGAUAAUAAUUUCUGCUGCAUAAAGGUUUUGGAGACGUGAUCAAAGAGGCCAGCUGGUUUUGAGUAUUAUUUCUUGAUUCUAAGCAAUGUGCCCAAAUUUCUAAUGUCAAUCUAUAUGCAGUGGUUGUUUUGUUCUCCUU